UUUUUAAGUAAUUGUCCCAUUUAGCCCAGUUGUCAUUUAUCAGUGUAACAGGCAGUGCUUGGGCAUUGGGUCAUCAUGGUCAUCAUAAUCAAUACGUGAGCACAUGUGUAGUGUUUGUCGUAGGAGCGCUCCGAUUGGAGGACCUCGCGGAUGGCCCUCCCAUUUCUCCGCCCAGCCGGUGUGUGAUUGGACAACUGAGUCUCGGCUCAUGUCUCUCCAUACUGAAAACUUCUCGGGGCGGCACCGCGAUGUUUGCUGGGAAAUAAAGUGUGAAUUACACGGAACAUUAACCUAUACUUUCUCUAAAGCACUACAAUUCCCAGUAGGGAGCAGAGCACCUGAAAAGAAAUCCAGUAAUAUGUUCCAGCGGACGAUUUAACUCAGUAUAUGUCACAAAUAUGACAGAGGGGACGCAGCUGCGGAGGCGGGGGGGGCCUUACAAGACCGAGCCAGCCACAGACCUGAGCCGCUGGAGGCUGACUAACGUGGAGGGCAGGCAGACCUGGAGCUACGUGGACCACCAGGACACCCCAGACAGGAAGCAGACCAUGCUGGAAGCCCAUUCUCUGGGCCUGGACACGAGUCCGUUUGUGUCGGACUCCCCGGCUGCCCACACAGCUGUGGACGCAGCUCUGAAGGGAAUGCUCUUCUACAGCCAGCUCCAGGCCGAGGACGGCCACUGGGCGGGGGACUACGGCGGACCGCUCUUCCUGCUACCAGGUCUCCUCAUCACGUGCCAUGUGGCUAAGAUCCCUCUGGCCGAAGCCUGGAAGAAAGAGAUGGUGAGGUAUCUGCGCUCUGUGCAGCUGCCAGAUGGAGGCUGGGGUCUACAUGUUGAAGAUAAGUCCACCGUCUUCGGCACGGCGCUGAGUUACAUCUCGUUAAGGAUCCUGGGAGUAGAGCCCGAUGAUCCAGACGUGGUUCGAGCCAGGAACAACCUGCACAGCAAAGGUGGCGCUGUGGGGAUUCCCUCAUGGGGUAAAUUCUGGUUGGCCAUUUUAAAUGUCUACAGUUGGGAGGGAAUGAACACACUGCUACCAGAGAUGUGGUUGUUCCCCACCUGGAUGCCAGCCCACCCCUCCACCCUGUGGUGUCACUGUCGCCAGGUCUACCUCCCCAUGAGCUACUGUUACGCUGUCCGACUGUCUGCAGACCAGGACCCCCUGGUCCUCAGCCUCAGACAGGAGCUUUAUGUCCAGGACUAUGCGACCAUCGACUGGCCUGCUCAGAGGAACAACGUGGCAGCGUGUGACAUGUACACCCCCCACAGCACACUGCUCACCGUCGCCUACAUGGUGUUGAACGUGUACGAAGCCCACCACAGCACCACGCUGAGAGGAAAGGCCGUCAGAGAACUUUAUGAACACAUCCAGGCUGACGACAGCUUCACUAAAUGUAUCAGCAUUGGACCGAUCUCCAAGACCAUCAACAUGCUGGUUCGCUGGUAUGUGGACGGUCCCUCCUCUCCCGUCUUUCAGGAGCACGUGUCCAGGAUCCCAGACUACCUCUGGUUGGGAUUAGACGGCAUGAAAAUGCAGGGGACCAAUGGAUCUCAACUGUGGGACACUUGUUUUGCUGUACAGGCUUUCCUUGAGGCAGGAGCCCAAGAUGAUUCCAGACUAGCAGAGUGCCUCCGAGAUGCCCAUCAGUUCCUCACCAUCACACAGAUACCUGAGAAUCCUCCUGAGUAUCAGAAGUACUACAGACAGAUGAACAAGGGAGGCUUCCCCUUCAGUACCCGCGACUGUGGUUGGAUCGUGGCGGACUGCACGGCGGAGGGCCUGAAGUCCGUGAUGCUGCUGCAGGAGCAGUGUCCCUCCAUCGGCCAGCUGGUCCCCCCAGACCGCCUGUAUGACGCUGUCAAUGUGCUGCUGAGCAUGAGGAACUCUGACGGAGGAUUUGCCACAUAUGAAACCAAGAGAGGAGGGAGACUCCUGGAGCUACUGAACCCAUCCGAGGUGUUCGGGGACAUCAUGAUAGAUUACACCUAUGUGGAGUGUACUUCAGCAGUAAUGCAGGCUCUGAGGCACUUCCAGAAGGCCUACCCUGAACACCGUGCUCAGGAGAUAAGGUCCACUCUAAGAGAAGGUCUGGACUACUGCAAGAAGGUGCAGAGGCCUGACGGAUCAUGGGAAGGGUCCUGGGGAGUGUGCUUCACAUAUGGAGUAUGGUUUGGCCUUGAAGCCUUUGCUUGUAUGGGUCACAUCUACAAGGAUGAGGAUGUGUGCGUGGAGGUGCACAAAGCUUGUCAGUUCCUGCUGGACCGGCAGAUGUCUGACGGGGGCUGGGGGGAGGACUUUGAGUCGUGCGAGCAGCGGCGCUACAUCCAGAGCAGCAACGCUCAGAUCCACAACACCUGCUGGGCGUUGUUAGGCCUCAUGGCUGUCAGGCAUCCUGACCGGCGCGCCAUCGAGAGAGGAGUGAAGCUGCUGAUUGACAACCAGCUGCCCAAUGGAGACUGGCCUCAGGAGAAUAUUGCAGGUGUGUUCAACAAGAGCUGUGCCAUCAGCUACACCUCCUACAGAAAUGUCUUCACAGUCUGGACCCUGGGCCGCUUCUCUACGCUGUACCCCAGCAGUCCGCUGGCUGGGAAGCUCAAGCUGUGAAGACUUUUUAAAAGGAUCAUCAGACUUUGUGCUACGAUAACAAAACUGAAUCAGCCACCAUCUUUCUUGUUGGUGACAUGAGCUGUCCAUAUGGAGUCAUGAGUCAGCCUACCAAUGUCUACAUGUAGCCCUUUAUGGACAUUUAAACACUUCAACUGUGUUUUCAGAGUUGAAUCUAUCACAUAAAGAUACACAUUUAAUUGUCUGUAUUACUUUCUGUGUUGACGUUCCAGGACAGCUCACCCAUCAGAGCUAGUCCUUAAACACAUUUGAUGAAAUGCUGCUUUCAGUGACGCCCAGUUAGUGUGCUCUGGUUAAAAAGUAUAUCAAACACAUGUCCAUGUUGCCCUUUAUCCCUGUUCCCCACUUCUCUACCAUUUUCCUUUAGAAUAAAUCCUGUUUCUAUGGUAUUUACUUGACUGGAUGUGUCUUCAGUGAAUGUAUUUGGUUAUGAACUUGUACCCGGAUUGCUUUAUUUAUAUUAGACAAAUAUUAACCACAGAGCACGUACUGUAUGGCAAUAAGAGCAAUUUUUCUAUUUAGAUGAAUUCCUCAAAACAAAUGUUUCUGAUCAACCAGGAUUUUUAAUUGUAUUGAUUAGACCAAAUGUGUUUGUGUGACAGGAUGACAUAAAAAGCGGUCUUUCUACCGAAACAGAGGCCUACAUUUGAACCAGUGAACAUGAUGUUAAACGUGAUUUUUUAUCCUGUUUUUAGAGCGAAGAGUUGGUAGAGCAGUCACAUUUUUCAGCAAUGCCUUGCACCACCUCCUACUGCAUCAGGAUCAGUUUCACGGUUAGCUUGAGGAUUUCUUGAGUGUUCAGUCUGGCCGUUGCUAGAGGGAAAGAAGCAGAGGGGAUUCAAACCUGCAACCUUUAACCUGGCCAAAAUACACAAACUGUGGACUGUCAGAAGGAAUCAGAUGUACUGCAAGCACAUAUGGCCUGUCCCAAUUUGUACUGUAUGUGGGGCUGGGCACGCUGAAAUUCAAUAUAUCCUGAAUUAUUCUCUGGAGAACAAAUGAUUAACCAAAGCUCCAGUCUUUUUGCCCUUUAUUGCUAUUUAUUCUGUACAUGAGUGUUCUCAAUGUGUAAUUAUGUCGUCAAAUAUCAUGGGCGUGUGUGUGAGUUUCUUCCCUGAGGUGAAGUCAGGGACAGAUGACUGCAAAGUCACAGUGUCUCUAUUAGGUCACAUGGGUGGUUGACGACAAGAUAAUAAGACAAGACAAUGUAACUGGUUAAGCCAAUAAGGCAAGGCAGCUGUAUUUGUAGAGCACAUUAAAGCAACAGGGCAAUUCAAAGUGCUAAAUGUUAAAAUAAUAAAAGUCACAUUGCAGGAUAA